AUGAAAAAAUAUAUAAUUUUCAUAUUUUUGUUUUUGUUUUCAAAAACAGUUCGAACACAAAAUAAUAGUACGGUAGGAGAAGAAGAAGCUGAAGAAAGUGAAGAAGACACAGGUAAUAUAUAUCAAAUAAAUCAUUACAAGAUGAAUUUUCAAAAAAUAAUUUUAAGGUCGUACGAUACUUUCUGAUUGGAUAGUUGGAAUUCUUAUGCUAUUAACUUCGAGUUUAUGUGGUAUUUCAUAUUUUAUGAUUUUAAGAACAAUUUGGAAAGAUAAAGAAAUGAUGCGAAUGGCAAGUUAUCGUUUUAUGUUUUUUCUUGGAGUUUAUGAUAUUGUACAAUGUUUACCUCAUUUUGUAACUGGAAUAUUCACAAUAUUUCAAACUGUUUUCGAUCCACUUUUAGCCAAAGUAAGUUAUCAAAUAAAAUUAAACUAAUUUUUUGAAUUAAAAAUAAUAUUGAAAAUAUCACGUUUUAGGCAAUGGGAGUGAUUGCAACACCUUGUUAUGUUGGAUAUGCAGUUCUUACUGUAUUUUUAUCAUUUAAUCGAUUAAUACAAUUAUCAUCUCCAAAAUUAGAUCAAAUAUUAUAUGGAGAUAAUCGAUGGAAAAUAUGGAUUGGAAUAUCAGCUAUUUUUUGGUUUGCAUUUGUUUUAGCUUUAGCUUCACCUUAUGCAACAAUUCAAUAUUAUCCAAGUUGGUAUUCUUGGGAUUAUAAUAGUGAAUUUAUUUAUUCAAAAUAUGUUCAAAGAGUUGAAAUGGUUAUUGAAAUUGGUGGUAUAUUUGUAACCGCAUUCUUCUACAUUCUUAUUAUUGCUCAACUUAUCAAAACUGUCAGUUUCUUCUGAAAAUUAAACAUUCCUAAAUUCACUUUUUUUAGAAAAAAAGAUUUAUGAUGAAUUCAAAUUAUAAUGCAGAAAUAAAAGUUCUAAUUCAAGCAUCAGUUAUAACAAUUUAUUGCACAAUUUUGAAUGUUUUUUGGCAUAAUUACGAAGUUUUAUUGCCAGCGAGUAUUUGGAGUUAUUGUGCAUUAAAUUUUAUGUGGAUUUUGAAUAGUGGAAUUCAUCCAAUUAUUUAUAUUAUUGUUAAUCAGUAAGUUAUCAUUUUAGAAAAAAAGUAUGAAAAUUGUUUAUAUAAAAGUAAAUUAAUUCGAGACACGGAACUAAUUUAAUUGGAAACUAGACUACAUAAAGAAUCUGGAAACAACCAUAAAUCACAUUAACACGCGAUGUUUAUUAGUCUAAAACACAAUCAUAAACAAAUAAGUUUACUAAGGACGAAAAAUCAAAAAAAAAACCUUUUUAGUUUGAGGCGACUUAGUUCCUUAAUAAUUUAUAUAUUUAGUCAGCGAGGAAACCAACAAUUAUUCUUUCGCUAAUUCAAUAUAAACUUUGAAUUAGAGAAGGCGGUUAAAUACGUGAAAAUUUCUUUUUAUUUUUUUUUUUUUUGCAAGAGUCAGAAGUUCUAUUUCGGGAAAAAUUAGUUAUCAGAAAUAAUUGGAAAAUAAAUUUUGUGAACUGGGAAAUUGAUAUACUUGGUUGAUUUCUUCGCAAAAACACAUUUCCCGAAUUAUUUUUCUAAACUUCCGAAAAAAAUUUACAAAACAUUUAGAGAUAUAUCAAGAAAGAGAACAUUUCUUAUAAUUAUCAAAAAUUAAUAAUUCGGAGACUUCCCUCAUAUAAUGAUCCCAAAUUUUUGAAAUUUUUUCUCGAGUCUCUGAGAUUUUUAUACUUUAAUUAAAAUUUUUUAAAGCAAAAAUUUCGAAAGUAUCAUAUUAGAAAUUCCAUCAUAUUAUCUUUUCAAAUUUUCAAUGAAAAAUUCAUAUUUCAGAACUCUUCGAGAUCGAAUUGGUGUAAAAAGAACAAUUUCUUCAAUCGGAGGUGGUGCUACAAUGUUUAUUCGCUCAAAAUUUGACUCAAAAUCCAUAAAUACUCGACAAAGUACAGGACAUUUUUAA